UGUUCUUACAGGACGUGGUUGCCAGCUUCACUGUCCACCUUCAUUAUUUAGCAAGCUUGCUACUGACUACCCAAGGUUGAAAAGGCGGAAAAAUUAUACACCUCAACCUGACAUUAAGAAAAGAUGGACCCUUUUAAAAUCAGUUACUUCAAAAUUUCCUGGGUUACUGUGUGAAUAUAUUUUGGUAAGAUUACUUUGGCAUGUGGUUUUACAGAUGGAUCCAACAAAAGGAAGAAUGUGUAGGCACAGAUUCCUGGCAGAAAUUGCCUGACAUUAACUGCAAUUCUGUGUGUUCCCCAUCAACGACUACAUUGUAUAUUGGAACUACUUAGGCGGGUCGUUUAUUGCGUGUGUUACUUUUAAAACAUAUGUGAUCCGAUGUAGACUUUGUACGAGUUAUAGUUGGUGCGAUGAGCGCUUUAAGGCAUCUUAUAUUUCUCCACUUUGUGCUGAAUACGAACUUGUUUGCUGUUAUUGUUGUCAAAGACCUAACUGCAGAUAAGUUCGUCCGAAAAUUUGAGGAUGCGGAAGCUCUUUUUGGUGCACCAGUAGUUCAAGAAUCCCUGUUGCUUGUAUGUUAAAUUUUAAAUCGUCAUAAGUACAGGGUCGAAUGCACGCUGCUAAUCCACUGGACGGUUGUGUAAAUGAGAUUCCUCUGCCGCCGAAUGCUUCUACGUCAUCUCUCCCAUAUAUAUCACUUAUCAAGCGUGGAAAUUGUUCCUUCAUCGAAAAAGUAUCAGCAGCAGAGCGGGGCGGUUAUAUUGCAGCCAUUGUUUACAAUGACGUAGAUGAUGGGUAUUUUCCCAUGGGUUUCAAUUCAUCAUCCAGAGAGGUGAAUAUUUCUGCAGUAAUGAUUGGACUGCCCGAUGGUGAAAUGAUACGAAAUAAUUACUGUACUUCGGAUUACUUUGCUGAAAUCUUACCUACUCGACACCGAAAUAUCACGCUCUAUCUUAUCCCAUUCAUAACUUGUGUGCUCAUAUUUGUAGUUGGACUGGGUACAGCGUAUAUAGUUCGCUGUUGGAAUCGAUAUAGAAGACGACAUCGGUUUUGCUUACCUGUUAGCGAGUUGAAUAAAAUACCCGAAUCUGUAUUUGAAAAAAAUUCAUGUGAAUAUGAAACAUGUGUGAUUUGUUUGGAAGAUUAUAAGGAUGGUGAAAAAUUGAGGAUAUUACCAUGCAAACAUGCAUACCAUAGCAAAUGUGUAGAUCCAUGGCUUGUAAAGCGUCGUAGUUGCUGUCCUAUAUGUAAGAAGAGAGUUCGUAAUCAGCCUAGAAUUGAUAUUUCACGCUUUACACGGCUGCGACGAAAUUCUGCUACUACUUUAGAAGCUCCACUUUUAAAUGACUCAUCCUCUUUUGAAGAAGAUUCGGAUUUAGAAAGCAGUGGUUCAGCUGAUCAAGAUGAUAUAACUUUUUCUACAGGCGAUUCUCCGGAAACUCGUAGUCUGGCUCCAAAUGAACGUACUCCACUUAUUAGCACAAGCGCUUAUCGACCCAGUGAUUCAACACUUCAACGCAUGAAGGAUGCCGCUUUGGUUUUUGAAGGUUUGGAAGGUACUCUUGGAGGUGGGUCUAGUUAUCCUUCCAGUGGCAGUACUUCCUCCAAUCAUAUGGAGCGACUAAACACGCGGCUGCACCCAAAGAAUUACAAUCUGAAUACCCUAUAGCAGCUAGUGAACCUAUGCAGAAAGAUGAACUAAAAUGGAGUAAAGCAGCGGCAGAUGGAACAGAAGAAAAUACCAACACUGUGAUGAAUACUUCAUCAUUACCUUCAACAGAAGUAACUCAUGUUGAAGUACACACCGAUAGUGAUGCAUGUCUUCAUCAACCACAGGUAUAAAGUGAUUCUCAUCGCUCUUUAUUAUCUGAUCUAAUUUGAUCUGAACUUUUUAAAAAAAUAUUUUUUGUUUUCUUUUAACUCUCAGCUAUUUAUCUUUUUUUAACAUACAUUUUUAAAACAGACAUUUUUGGAUUUAUAUUUAUAUAUAUACUUCAGUUUAUCGAUAUAUAUCAAUCUGUCUGACUACCUAUAAUAUCUCUCUGUCCAGGAAGCACACAGACGGCUUUGUUUCCUAUUUAUAUUAUUAAUAAUCCUUACCAAUUUACGUAACUCAUUGGCUCACUAAAAACACUCACUCCCUUUUCUCCUCAUUCUCCGAUAAUUUUAUGCAUUACAAGAAGAAUUUCUAUUGAUUUUUAAUUGCUACUAUUAUUAAUUAACUAUUAAGUUUAAUUACAGUGUCUACACAUCAUUUUAUGCAAUACCCUACGCAUGCAUUGUGUCUAAAGAGCCAUUUCACUCGCUCGCUCACUCACACAUACACAGACACAUAUACAGUCUUUACGUACAUCCAAUUUUAGUAAUCUCUCGUUUUUUCGCUAUGUGUAUAAAUCGAUUUCUGUGUAGAGAUUUACGUGUUUAUUUUUUAUUACUGUUAUUCUUGCAAUUAUUAUUAUUACCAUUAUUACUACUGAUAUUUUGGUUUGUAUUAUGAUAGUGGAUAGGCUUGUACUUGCUCAUUUUACAGGUUAGAAAUUGUUCAGUAGUCCAGACUUUAUUCAGUAUGUUUUACGUAGAAGAUGAAUUCUCUGUCAACUUUUCUCAUAACAUUUCGACUUUUUAUUAUUUUUUACUUCUUUUAUUUCUUUUGACGGAAAUUCAGGAUGCUUUUAUCUUUUUUUUAUUUAAAGAAAAAAGUUUAGCUAUAAUGAA